ACAUGUUCAUCGUCAGCAAAAUUUAUUAAGAUUGGGCAAGGACAUGAUAUGCGCAGGAUUGUCUUCCAUUUUCUGCCCCUAUUACGAAAAAAAUUUAUGACAGUUUUAUUGCACGCGCUGUUUGAAUUUUAAAUUCGUGUAUAAUUUACAGUUUAUGGACUUAUUAUGAUGUCAUGAAACUAGAUCCUGCACUCUCACACUCCGAACCAUUUCAAAAUACAAAGGCGGGAUUCUGAGAUCCAGUUUUUGUUGGUGUAGGAGGAUAGCGGUUUGUCGAACGAAGAGACAAGGUUCCGUAGUUAACUGUUCACCCUGCUGUGUUAUUAAAAGCUGAAAUUCAAUGUUGAUUCAUUGCCAUAUACAAAGUGAUGGUUGUGAAGUAGAAAGUAGUGAUCAAGUUUUCCUUCAGGAGGAAACUGAAGAAGAUGAGAAGGAUAAUGAUUACUAUCCAACCCCAAGUUCUCCUCCCCCACCCCAGUCUCCUAGACCACCAUCUACAGGUUCACAAAAGUCUCCGAGAUCAAAACGCCAACGAACUGCAUCCAUGUCGCAGUCUUCCAAGAUAACUUCUACAGAAUCCAUCCUUCGCAGUCAUACAAGAACUAUAUACACAGCAGGACGACCUCCAUGGUACAAUUCUGCAGGACAACAAGUUGAGCCAUUUGUGAUUGGCAUAUGUGGGGGAAGCGCAUCAGGGAAGACAACUGUUGCUACCAAAAUAAUCGAAUCACUUGAUGUGCCAUGGGUGACGUUGCUCAGUAUGGAUUCGUUCUAUAAGGUGCUUAGUGAGAAGCAGCACGAGCUCGCUGCAAAAAAUGAGUACAACUUUGACCACCCGGAUGCUUUCGAUUUUGAACUUAUGCAUGCCACCCUACAGAGAUUGAAAGAGGGCCGAAAAGUUGAGGUUCCCAUCUAUAAUUUUGUGACUCACUCACGCGAGAGCAGGACGAAAACUAUGUAUGGUGCCAAUGUCAUAAUCUUUGAAGGAAUAUUGGCAUUUUAUUCUGCUGAAAUAUUGAAGAUGCUGGAUAUGAAAAUAUUUGUGGACACAGAUGCUGAUGUUCGAUUGGCUCGGAGAUUGAAGCGUGACAUCUGUCAGCGGGGCCGAGACUUGGAAGGAGUCUUGAAACAGUACUGUAACCUUGUGAAGCCAGCAUUCUAUCACUAUAUCGCGCCGUCAAUGGUACAUGCUGACAUUAUCGUUCCUCGAGGUGGAGAAAAUGAAGUGGCUAUUGAGUUGAUAGUUCAUCAUGUGCAUACACAGCUGCAAUUGAGGGGUUUCAAACUGCGUGAGAAACUGGCGCACUCAUACAUCGGACAGCCCCUACCAGACUCUAUCCAUUUGCUGCCCUCAACUCCGCAGAUUAAAGGUCUUCAUACCUUCAUUCGUAACAAGGAUACUCCAAGGGACGAGUUCAUAUUCUACUCUAAACGAUUAAUCCGUUUAGUUAUUGAGUACGCUUUAUCGCUGCUGCCUUUCAAGGAGCAGAUAGUGGAAACACCGCAAGGCGUGCUGUACCACGGAAAGCGAUCAGCAAGCAACAAGAUUUGUGGUGUAUCGAUCUUAAGAGCAGGAGAAACAAUGGAGCAAGCCGUGUGCGACGUUUGUAAGGACAUUCGUAUUGGAAAGAUUCUGAUCCAAACGAACUUAUCCACAGGAGAACCAGAAUUGUAUUACUUGAGGCUUCCUAAGGACAUAAAGGACUAUAAGGUGAUCUUAAUGGACGCUACUGUCGCCACAGGAGCAGCUGCCAUGAUGGCAAUCCGAGUGUUGCUCGAUCAUGAUGUGCCAGAGGAAAACAUUCUUAUUGUAUCUCUUCUCAUGGCUGAAAUAGGAGUACAUUCUAUAGCAUAUGCUUUUCCUGGAGUUCGCAUUGUAACAACUGCAUUGGAUCCAGAAAUUAAUGAAAAGUUCUAUGUCCUUCCUGGCAUUGGUAACUUUGGGGACCGUUACUUUGGAACUGAACCUACAGAAGAAACUUGAAUACAUCUGGAUCAGGCCAACGUCCUACAGGUUCAAGAAAUGUUGGUAGCAACAACCAACAAACCAAACAAAACCAAAAGCAACCAUGCACUACCCAAGGACACUUAAAUAAAACUGAUUGUAACCCACAUAACCGAAAUAACCAGAGGCAACUAUAAUAGGAGGAAAGAAAACUGCAUUACAGUGAGCAGCAGAAAACUUACCAUAACAACCUGUAUACCUGAAGA